AUGUCCGGAGGGGCAAAAGGUCGCUUUGAUGCAUAUACUCUAGUGGAAGAAGCUGAGUAUUGGUGGGAGAAUACUCGCCAAUGCCUGGAGGCCGAAGGUCAAGAUGUGACCUGGGAUGUUUUCAAGAGAGUGUUUUUGGAGAAAUACUUUCCCGAGGAUGUUAGGAACAAGAAGGAGAUGGAGUUCUUGGAGCUUAAGCAGGGAAGUAUGACUGUGGCUGAAUAUGCAGCCAAGUUUGAGGAGCUGGUGAGGUACUUUCCCCAUUAUCAAGGGAGAGAUGGUGAGAGUUCCAAGUGUGUAAAGUUUCUGAAUGGCUUGCGACCUGAAGUGAAGCAAGCUGUGAAUUACCAAGGUGUUCGUCAGUUCCCACUUUUGGUUAACAUGUGUCGGAUUUGGGAUGAAGAUUCCCGAGACAGGGCGGCCUAUUAUAGGAGUACAGGUCCAAUGAGGAACAAAAAGAAUGGGCCUCAACAUCGAGGAAAACCAUAUUCGACUCCUCCUAAGCAAUAUGGUAACCACCAUGACAAUCAGAGGACUGUUGCUAGGGGAUUUGCAGGUGGUAGCGGUAGCAAACCCAAUACUUUCUCCACUCAUAUCAUUUGUUACAGAUGUGGUAAGCCAGGGCACAUCUCCUCGAAUUGUCCCGAUAUAGGCGUAACAUGUUUUAAUUAUGGACAAAAGGGACACACUCAAAGAGAUUGUUCACGACCCAAGAAAGAGCAAAAUGGUGAAGGCCCGAAUGACCAAACUAGACAUCCAAAGACCACGAGAAGAGUCUUUACCCUUAAUGGUGCUAAAGCUUCGAAAUCCAAAGAUCUAAUCCAAGGAAAACUUAAGCUUUCUGUGUCUUCCUUAAAUAAAGAUCUAGUGGUAGAGACCCCUACUAGUGGUUCUGUGUUAACUUCUGACACAAAUGGUUACACCACCCAGCUCUCCUCCUCCUCCUCCUCCUACUGGUGCAGCAUCACAGUCACCAUCAACCUUGAAGCGGAUAAGAAAAGCCACACGGCUAAGAUCAUUGGCGACUAG